UUGAAUGAACUGUAUAUACUAUAGAUAUGCCAUAUUAGCUUCAAUACUCAGAAGAAGAUGAAAAAACAUGAUGAGAGGAAAAGCUGUGUAAAUAAUUGGAUAGCUUAGUCACAUAUCUGCGGAGAGGCAUUCCAUGGAUCUAGGUUCAUCAUCUGGUAAUUCCAUGUUGUCUGGCUUGAAGCUGUCAUUUCCAUUUGAGGAUGAUGUUUCCAAAGAAAGCAAUGACUUGAAUGUCGAAAAUAGUUUUGUUGCCACAGAGGCUACUUUUAUUCAACCGCAGGCAGUCACUGACUCAACAGAAGAUGUUGUGGUUGGGGCGACUAGUGUGACUCCUCAAACUGAGAAAAGGAAGGGAGGAUGGCCGAAAGGGAAGAAAAGGCGCAAAGUGAAGGACACAAAUGCUCCUAAACAGCCUUUAUCUGGUUACAUCCGGUUCCUGAAUGAGAGGCGGGAGAGAUUGAGAACAGAACAUCCUGGUCUGUCAUUUGUAGAAAUAACACGUCUUCUAGGAUCUGAAUGGACGAAACUUCCACAACACGAGAAACAGAAAUAUCUGGACGAUGCUGACCGAGAUAAAGAGAGAUAUAACAGGGAGAUGGAAGCCUACCAGAAAACAGAGUCGUACAAACAGUUUAAACAACAACAAGAGAAACGUAUGAAAGCUGAAAUGGAUAAAGAUAGUAGUGGAGUGGAGGAAGAAGAAGAGAAUGACACUAGUGCAUUUGAGAUUCCUAUCUUUACUGAAGAGUUCCUCGAUCAUAAUAAAGCUAGAGAAGGGGAGUUACGACAGCUACGUAAACAGACUACAGAGCUAGAAGAACAAAAUGCUAUACUUAGUAAACAUAUAGAAAAUAUGAAACAGGCUAUAGACAAACUUCAAGUUGAAGCUAUUCAGCAGAGGAAUAACAACAUGGCAUUACAAGGUCACCUUGAUGCUCUAAGACAAACUUUAACAGCAAACUUCAACAAUAUACCACUGCCAGGUAGUAACGAGAUUCCCACCCUGGAGACUAUAGAUACAUACAUGGCUCGACUGCAUUCUGUCAUACUUGAACAACCGCAGAAAAAUGAGAAACUGAUCGCACAAGUUCGAGACAUUGUCGGACGUCUAAACAUUGACAGUUUUCUAUGUUUCAGUACUAGUUAAAAGGACCUCAUCAUUAGAUAGAAGGUAGAAAGACGACCACAUUCAUUGUUGAAUUACGAAAGAAGAUUUACAAUAAACUGAAGGCAGUAGUGCCGAAAUGUUGACAUUAUUUCUUGAAAGAAAAAAUAUCAUAACACUCGAGUGGACUGAGCGUGUAGUACUUAUUUAAGGUGUUGACAAUCACAAAGUUCUGCCAAUAAGGAAAAUUAUGUCUGCGUUUUUUUUUGAGAGACAAUAUGCGUGUUAAAUUAUCAUCAAGACAUGGACAUGGUAGAGAUGUUAAUGAGAGAUCUCUGAAGGGAAAAAACACACAGGAUUGGCUACAGAUUGAUGUAAAAGCAUAAGCCCUUACCCGGCUGGAGCCAAGUGAUUCACCUUUCACAUCAGUAUCGAUAGAUACUGGGCCCGUCUGAAAAUCUCACUAUGCUCUAUACUGCUGACAGCUUAAUUUUUGUAUAUUUUGAUGUUGAAAUCCCUACAAUUUUAAAUGGAUUGUUCCAAAUUCAAAGCAGGGCAAAUCCAUUACCAAAAUACAGUAGAUUAAGGAUUAAAUAAUAUUGAUUUUAGGCUAUAGAAUGAAAUUGCAGCGUUAAUAGAAAGAUAUAUGGAUUUUAUUACUAAUUGUAAUUUUAUGUGUAAUUGAAAAACUGUUUUUGUACCGAAUUUAUUAAGAUUUAUUCUGUUGAUUUGAUCUUUACAAUAAAAAAAGUGACUUGUACUUCAAGUUUUUUGAAUGCCAAUCUGAAUAAUUCUUUAGAACAUUGUAUAUGGAAAAAAGGGUAGCCUUAUUCAUGUUAUCUUUUGUUGGUUCCUUUGCAGUUGUGGGUUAGAAUCCUGCCAAAAUUUUUUAAUUCUUUCAUGUAAGGAAGCUCUCUAGCUAGCAGCUAGCUUUAGGAACAUCAGGUGGUCCUACUCGAGUGCCUGUUUGUGCCGGAAAUAAUACACAGAAGGGCACAUGAAGUCUUUCUUCAGCAGUAAAGCGAGAAUGUCACCAUAUUAUGACCUUCACAGUGUUGUAACAUAGAACUUGACCUAAAAACAAAUUCUGUUGGUUGCACAUCUGUGCUACAGCUUGAUCAUGCUGUAUACUGUUGGAAUCUCAAUUUGUUUUAUUUAAAUACUGAAUCCUGAUAAAUUCAAAGUAGGGUAUAUCAAUUACACAAAUUUAGCAGGUAUAACAUGUAGUUUCUUGGGAAAACAACAGGUACAUAUGUCAUAUGAAGAUGUCAUACGAGUUGUGAUUCCAGUGUGUAUAACCCGUGACCAAUGGGUUUAGGGUUUGACACUUUGUGUUGUUAAUCAAAAUUGUUAAAAUUGUGGUGCGGAUGAAGAGAAUAUGAGAUGUUAAUUUAAGUAUUUUAUUCCUAAGACUUUAUAUCAAUAUAAUGAAUGGGUCAGUACAUAGAGUAAGUAAGCAGUGCUUACAAAUCAAAGUUAAAAGGCACUGCAUAUAAUGUUCAUUUACUGUAGCAUUAGAUUUAACCUAUAGGCCAAAGCAUUUUUCAGUUUCAUCUAUUGUUGAUUUAACAAGGUUCUUCCUCCAGUCUAUGAAUCAUGCAUUCUGAUUGGCUGAUUCUAUAUUUGAAAUGACCAAUCAGUAAAGGAUUAAACUGGUUAUUGUUUUAGAUGAAUUUUUCAGUUUCUGUUUACCAUAUUUAAUUAUUUUAUAGUUAGGUAAUGCAAGUAGUUUUAAAUUAAUCAGACAUGAAAAAAGAGUGAGUUUGGCUUGAGAAUUGAUAAAGUUCCAAUGUGUUGUAUAUUUGUUAAUUUUUAUUGACAGUAUAUUAGUUAAUGAAUGUUUCUGCUAUAGCCAUACUUACUAUUCUUAUGGAGAAAAGGUACAUUUAAGUUUCAAGUAUUUUGACUGAUUGUAAUGUACAUGUGUUAAAAUCAUUUUUGUUAUAUGCUAGGUAAUUUGUACUUUUCUAUAAUUGAAAUAAAAGUUGUUUGAAGUACAUUGUA